AGCGUCUCCCACUCCAGAUCUUGUGACCGUGACUGUGCCUGGGUGUCAGGGGUGCCCCUUUUUGAAGCCUGGGUCUCUCCUGAAAUAUCUCAUGUUGAUGUUUGAAGGGGCAGCAGAGGUGAGGCUGGCGGAUGGCAGCGGGCGCUGUGAUGGGAGAGUGGAGGUGAAACAUCAGAACCGGUGGGGGACUGUGUGUCGUUUCAAUUGGGAUCAGAAGGAUGCAGCGGUGGUUUGUAAGCAGCUGGGCUGUGGGUCAGUAAUCAGUGCUGCACGGAGUAAAAGAUUUGUGCUAGGAUCUGGCCCCAUUUGGAUGGAUUAUGUCGGCUGUCGAGGCACCGAGUCUGCCCUGUCUGACUGCACACACAGAGGAUGGGGUAAACAUUACUGCAUACAUGAAUAUGAUGUUGGAGUUACAUGUACAGGAUUUGUCCGUCUGGUUGGAGGGGACAACCGCUGCUCAGGACGAGUGGAGAUCAAUGACAGGGAUGGGUGGAAAUCUGUCUGUGACUCACACUUUGGUGCCAAAGCUGCUGAUGUGGUCUGCAGAGAUCUUCAGUGUGGCAGAGCUCUGUCCGUCACCAGAGCAAGUCCCUCUGGAGAAGGGACCGGUCCCAUCUGGGACAGAGAGCUGCAGUGUGUGGGGAAUGAAUCCACCCUCUCCUCCUGCCCCAUGGGGACUCCUAAGGACCAGCCCUGCACCCAGACAAGCACUGCUGCUGUCAGCUGCACACGGUUCAGGCUGGUGAAUGGCAGCACGGCAUGCAUGGGCAGGGUGGAAGUGGAGGUGCAGGGAACAUGGGGCACCCUUUGUGCCUCCCGCUGGGACCUCUUGGACGCCCACGUUCUCUGCCAUCACCUCGGCUGUGGGUUUGCGGUGUCCGUUCCUGAAGGAGGGCAAUUUGGGAGAGGAACCGGCCCGGUCUGGGGUGACUCGUUCCAUUGUGAGGGGACUGAGUCCAGCCUGGAUCAGUGCCCGGUGACCGCCCUGGGGGCCUCUCCGUGCUCCCAUGAGAACAAUGCUGCCGUCAUUUGCUCAGGCCCGCCUCACAACGCAUCUCUAAGACUGGUGGGUGGAGGGAGCCGGUGCGACGGGCGCGUGGAGAUCUUCCAGCGCGGGACAUGGGGCAGAGUCCUGGAUGAUCAGUGGGACAUGGAGGACGCUAGCGUGGUGUGCCGGCAGCUGCGCUGCGGGGAGGCAGAGGCAGCCUACACUGUGCCGAGGGCCGAGCGAGGGACGGGCCCCGUGGGGCUGCGCGGGGUGCGGUGUGCAGGCCACGAGGCCAGCCUGAGCCUCUGCAACACAUCCCUGCCCGAGGCCACGGGGAUCAUGGAAGACGUGGGGGCCGUGUGCCAGGGGAGCCGCCAGGUCCGGCUGGUGGAUGGGGCUGGGCGAUGUGCAGGGAGAGUGGAGAUCUACUACCGGGGGCAGUGGGGCACGGUCUGCGACGAUGCCUGGGACACGGCCGACGCCAACGUGGUUUGCCGCCAGCUGAGCUGCGGAUGGGCCGUGGAGGCGGCUGGCUCGGCUCACUUUGGGGAGGGCUCUGGGCACAUCUGGCUGGAUGGCGUGAACUGCUCUGGGGACGAAACUGCUCUCUGGAACUGCUCUGCUGAGGCCUGGGGACAGCACGACUGCGGGCACAAGGAGGAUGCGGGAGUCGUCUGCUCAGAAUUCAUGGCCCUGAGGCUGGAGAACAGCGAUGGCUGCUCCGGGCGCCUGCAAGUUUUCUACAAUGGGACGUGGGGGAGUGUAUGCUCCAACUCGAUGACUCCUCACACGGCGAAACUGGUGUGCAAGGAGCUGGGCUGUGGGGAUGGAGGGACCCGGGAAAUCAGCAUCUUCUAUGGCAGGGUGAAUGGCACCGCGUGGCUGGAUCACGUGCAGUGUGGGGAGAGCAACAGCUCCUUCUGGCAGUGUCCCUCUGAUCCCUGGGAACUGCAGUCGUAUGAUGAUGUGCGAGACGAGGACCAACAUCACCUGCAAUGGUAA